GUGGUGAGUCGCAACCCGUCGACAGUGCGGAUCGAUUCACAGUUCGAGAGUAAUAUUUCAAUUUGGUUUUCUUAUAUCGCUGCGCGGCGUGCUCCAUUAGUUCCCUUAAUUGUUCCCAGCGCACAUUGAUUUCUGUGUCGUUCUUAAAGUGACGAUUUGCCCACUGAAACUUUUUACGUGUUGAGUUGAUUGGCAAAUGCUCGUUUGUUGCGCAGAUAGUUAUCCGAGAUGGAACACGGCUUCACCAUUGCUCCCGCCACACUAUGUUGCAGAUGAACGUCCGAAAUGCUUGUGAGACAGCUGGCUGCCCCUCUCCCACACGCCGCCGUUGUGCUAUCAUCGCUUGCUCCGCUCUUCGGGUUGCCAUGGGGACAGUGAAUCGCUCUGUAGCCGCCCGCAAAUGAGAUUGAGCUCCUCCUCCCGGGCUGACCCGAUGGCGCCGUCGGCCCUUUGCGGCCCCCGCGCGGCUCUCGUCCUGCUCUUCUUCGCUUUGACCUCCUGCAGUCCCUCCGGCCCGGCCUCCGACACCUGCGCAACCCUCGAACAGAGUCGCUUCUUCGGCGUGUUCUCGUCCACGGCCAACCUUCCCUCGGCGCCGUGCUCCUGGACCCUGCAGAACCCCGACCCCCGCCGCUACACCGUCUACAUGAAGAUCACCAAGCCGACCGAUUCCUGCAGGCCCAGGCAGAUCAGGACCUUCCAGUUCGACUCCUUCAUCGAGACGUCCCGCACCUACCUGGGCACGGAGAGCUACGACGAGGUCGUCAGGCUGUGCGACGCAUCGACCGCCGUCACCUACAUCGAGUCCAGCAAGCAGUUCCUGCAGAUCCGCAAGGUGGCCUCUGGCCCGAGCGGCCCGGAGGAUGAGAGCGAAGUUGACGUCAGCGAGUUCAAGUCCGAGUUUCUAGUUGUGGGGAAAAGGAACCCCAGUAUGCCCGCCUGCCAGAUGCUGUGCCAGUGGCUGGAGAAGUGCCUGUCCGGCAGUACCCACGAGUACCCCUGCGGUAUCAUGAACACCCCUUGCCAGUGUUGGGAGACCCCGAAAAGGAAGCCCGGCAGCUGCUACAGGGGUGGCGUGUACGUGGAGAAAUGCCUGCCGGCGCCCAGAGACAACGGACAGAGCGCCGAGAUCGUCAAAGGCUGGGCCGGCUGGAGCCGUUGGUCCGUUUGCAGUCAGGAGUGCGGCGGGGGCGUCCAGGUGCGCAGCCGAGCCUGUCAGCCCGACGAUGCCGUAUGCGAGGGGACGGUUGAAGAAGGGCGGGCGUGCAACUCACGGGCCUGCAUAGGUAACACUUUGUUCGCUUCAAUCGUUUGGCUGGAGCGGCGUCAAUGCAAAAAAAAAAAAAAAAACCCUGUCGUCGUCGUCGUCUUCUUUCCAGGCAAAGAACGCAACAAGAGCCAAGGUCUGCGGGCCAUUGUCGGUGUGAGCCAAGGAGGCCUUGCGACCCACAUCGGUAAGUUGAGUUUGCAGACGCCCCAUGCCGGUGUGUCAUUGCCUCUGCAAAAAGUUCAACCCGCUGAACUCUUUCACUCAGCAAACACAAAGACGGAUGAGUGGUCCCCUUGGAGCGCCUGUUCGGCGACGUGCGGGGAAGGCUGGCAGAGCCGCACCCGUCUCUGUGCGACUUCCUCCUUCACCACCCAGUGCACCGGACCGCUGCGUGAAAACAGGCCUUGCAACAACACCGCCGUCUGCCCAGUGGAUGGCGCCUGGGCUGAAUGGACCCCGUGGAGCUUGUGUUCCUCCACAUGCGGUCGCGGGUACCGCGACCGCACUCGCACGUGCAGGCUGCCCCAGAACGGAGGAGAGCCCUGCGAGGGCCCUUCGAGACAGAACAAGCUUUGCAACAUUGCCGUGUGCCCCGUGGACGGAUACUGGAACGAGUGGUCGGUGUGGAGUCCGUGUUCUGCCUCUUGCUCCAACGGCACCAUGCAGAGAACACGAGAAUGCAACGGCCCAUCCUACGGGGGCUCAGAGUGCCACGGGAGCUGGAAAGAGGCCAUCAACUGCUUCCAGAAGGAGUGCCCCGUUGAUGGACGUUGGCAUGCAUGGAGCUCAUGGGGCAGCUGCAGCAAGACUUGCGGCGGCGGCGUCCAGCAGAGACAAAGAGUUUGCGAAGGGCCUUUCUUUGGUGGGGAGCCUUGCCCCGGUGACAGAGGAGAGCACAAGCGCUGCAACGAGAAGAGAUGCCCUGAGCCCCAUGAGAUUUGCCCGGAGCAGAACGAUGGCGAUGUGGUGUGGAAGAAAACUCCAGCUGGGGACAUGGCUGCCAUCUUAUGUCCCGCUGACGCUGCAGGUCUGAUCCUUCGCCGGUGCAGUCUCAACGCCGUCGGCCUGGCCACCUGGGAGAGCCCGACUUACGUCAAGUGUGUCUCCAAGAACUACGAGAACAUUCGCAUGCUGUCAAGGGACUACAUCACCAAAGCGCAGAAGGCACCCAGCAUAGAUGGCGUUGCCGAGGUGAUUUCACGUCUGAGGUUCUCAACCGACGAAGGUGCGACGUACAGCGGUGACCUCAUGGCCGUCAUGGAGAUCCUGAAGAACAUCACCGAGUUGUACAAGGCGUCCAGGAUGAGGCUUAGCAAUGCUGACGUGGAGAACUACGUCCAGACCAUUAGCAACCUGCUCAAAGAGGAACAUCACGACAAAUGGGAAGAGGCACAGCUGAUGGAUGCCAACGUGAAGGAGUUCUUCCAUCUCGUCGAGGAGUCCGUGAACAUGAUCGGUAUGCAAAUGAGCGGCUUCCAGGACAUUUACGAAGUCACGGAGAAUUUAGUGCUGAGCAUCCAUAAGCGGCCGACCACGACAAGCUCCAACUUCACUUUCCCCGCUAAGGGCUGGAGGGGGAUGUUGGACUGGGUCAGGACGGCUGAGGAGAAAAUAUCCGUUUCCAGAGAUGCGCUGGCCAUCGAGCAUGGUGACGGCAACGAAGCGUUUGUGACUGGCAUCGUCCUCUACCGAAACCUCACUUCAUUUCUUUCCUCUCAGAGCAACGCAACUCUGCUCAACUCCAAGGUAGUGACAGUGAUCGUCAAGCCGAGCCCUGCCCUUUUGUCUUCUCCCGUCGAGAUCGAGUUCCCGCAUCUCCACAACGACACAAUGAACGAGACAUGCCUCUCAUGGGAUGAAAGUGAAACAUCCUCCCUGCUCGGAUCGUGGUCUGCGCGGAGCUGCAGAGCCGUCGCCGUUGAUUCAUUCCGAACCAAAUGCGUGUGUGACAGCCUCUCCACCUUCGCCAUUUUAGCACACGUCAAUUUCGACUCGAUCAUGGACAAGGCGCUUCUUCCAUCCGUGACUCUCAUCGUCGGCUGCGGGGUGUCUUCCCUCACCCUGCUCCUCCUCAUCAUCAUCUACGUCUCCGUGUGGAAGUACAUCCGUUCCGAGCGCUCCGUUAUCCUCAUCAACUUCUGCCUGUCCAUCAUUUGCUCCAACGCCCUCAUCCUCCUCGGACAAACUCAGGCUCGUAAUAAGGUGGUUUGCACACUGGUAGCGGCUUUCCUGCACUUCUUUUUCCUCUCCUCUUUCUGCUGGGUGCUGACCGAAGCUUGGCAGUCCUACAUGGCCGUCACUGGCCGCCUGCGCAAGCGCAUCAUCCGCAAGCGCUUCUUGUGCUUGGGCUGGGGCUUACCUGCGUUGGUGGUGGCCGUGUCUGUGGGUUUCACCAAAGCCAAGGGAUAUGGCACCGUUAACUACUGUUGGCUCUCUCUUGAGGGCGGACUCCUCUACUCCUUCGUCGGACCGGCCGCCGCUGUUGUUUUGGUGAACAUGGUCAUUGGCAUUCUGGUGUUUAACAAGCUGGUAUCCAAGGACGGCAUUACCGAUGUGAAGCUGAAGGAGAGAGCCGGGGCCUCGCUGUGGAGCUCCUGCGUGGUUUUGCCCCUCUUGGCCCUGACGUGGAUGUCCGCCGUGCUCGCCAUCACCGACCGCCGCUCGGCCCUCUUCCAAAUCCUCUUUGCCGUCUUCGACUCCCUGGAAGGCUUCAUCAUUGUCAUGGUGCACUGCAUCCUGCGUCGAGAGGUUCAGGAAGCCGUGAAGUGCAGGGUCGUUGACCGCAAGGAUGACGGCAAUGGAGAUUCUGGAAGCUCGCAUCACAAUGGCCACAACCAGCUUACGUCCGAUACGGAAAAGGAUGGCGAUUCACGCAUCCCAGGAAUGAGCGGCUCAUCCGAAGAGAAGAUGUCCCCCCCUCAAAUGCCUCUGCCCAUGGGCCCCAACUUCCACACCCUGCCGUCCAACAAGACCCACAUGCAGGCGGUCCCCGAAUAUUCCAGCCACACUCUCACCCUGAAGAGAGAGAAGAGCCGGCUGGCGGGCGGGGUCGACCCCUCCUGCGGGAAACCCGUGUACGUGUGUGAGGGAGAGCUUUUCCGGCCGCUGGAUGUGGAUCUCGCUCGCGUUCAGGCGGAGGGCGGAGUCUCCGACGGCAGCGGCUACGUGCUCAUGCCCAACACCACCUCCACCCUGAGAAGCAAACCCAAAGAGGAGCAGGCCAAAUACGACCUCGGCGCGGAACAACUGCCGCAGGCCAGACUCAUGCACCUCAGCGGCCCCUUCGCCGAGCCGCAAGCUGCCUUUGGGAUCAAGUCCAUUCCCUGCGACCAGGUCAGCGUGUCCUAUUCCGAGAGGGACUCGCCCAUCCAGAACAUCCACAACAUCUCCAGUGAGUCUCACAUCACUCACAGCAGCCUGGAGAACACCUUUGAGUCGAUGAACUCGAUGAUGUCCAAAAGCGAAACCAUCUCCACGUUGUCCAUGAGCUCCUUGGAGAGACAAAAGUCCCGGUACGCCGAGCUUGACUUUGAGAAAAUAAUGCACACCAAGAAACGCCACCAGAACAUGUUCCAGGAUCUGAACAGGAAGUUGCACCAUGCUGAGAAAGACAGGGAGUCGCCCGCCUCUGACAGCAAGUCCGUGAGAUGGAGCGUCUCAUCAGCGGGAAGUGACAAAACCAACCAAAGCGACAAACAGCCGGGUCCCUUGGAGAGGCCUUGGGAAGGGGUCCGGGGCUUAGCGCAGCAGUCCCCCCCCGCCUGGGUCCGCAAAGACUUGGAGCCUCUGGCCGCCUCGCCGCUGGAGCUGCACUCUGUGGAAUGGGAGAAGAGCGGCACCUCCAUCCCCCUGGCGGGUCAGGACAUGGUUGACCUGCAGACAGAGGUCUGAAGACCGGGGGCGGGGCUAGCGAGCCAGCAAGCUUUACUUUCACCUUUUGGGUUUGGGCUCCCGUAUGGGAUGAACGCGAGAAAUCGAGGGAGUGGGAAAGUCGCUCCGAGAAUCUAGGUCUUCAAAUCCUCAGCCUAAGCAGGAAAAAGCAGGGCGGGAUGGGGUAAGAGGGGACAAUAGAGUGGGGUCGGGUUGGUUUCUUAUCGUAGCCUCCCCCGGUGGACUCGGCUCGAGGGCCCGGCGGGGAGUUCCGAGUCCCGCGCUUCGCGACGACCAGAGCCGGCUGUGGUCGCAUUCGUGUUGGCUGCGGGGUUCCUGAAGCCUGCAGUUGAGAUGAGGAGCCCUGCUGCACUUCUUUUCACCUCCAGCUCCACUUCGUCGACACCCCAAAUACCGGAACGCCGUCUCCUCCGCCCCGCUAACUGCGACUCUCGGCUGCUCCUCUUCCAGCCAAAUUCCCUUCCGGCAUAGCAAAGAGAGCAAAGGCAGCCGUUUCACAGUUGGCGCAGGUUCUUUGUUUCUUUUUCCACUUGAUCCUUUCCGUUGCUCUCUUAAGACACAUCCCUGAUACUCGGAAUACAUUCAAACUGUCUGCUGGUGAUUCCUUUCCGCGUCAUCGUUACCGCUGUUGUCGAUGAUCAGAGUUUGGUUGGGAGGGUUUCCCCCCCCCCUUCCAUUCAUGGAUUCGGGUUGGUUUCUUUAUUUUGACUGGGACCUGCAAUGUUCGGCUGGAAACAAAGUAGAGCGCAUAUGUCACGUGUUGUAUGAUGAGGAACCAGUGUGCUCUGCAUUGGGACAAACCGACAGAGCGGUGGCUUUGUGUGUGCGUUUUGCCUCGAUACCAAAACACCAGCGUCGCAAUACGGACUCUUAACAUGGAGCAGAAACAAGGCGGCAAUUUGUGGAUCCGGGCCUGGGGAAGACCUUUUGGUCAGCGCCCAUUUGAUUCUCAGCCUUGCGGGACUCUUUGGACAAAGAUGAGGCUCCUGGCACUGACGUGACAGCGCAGUCUCACGUUUGUGUUUUUUACCCAUCGGUGUGAAAUGGGCCAAUAGGACGCGCGCUUGAUGCUCAAGCAGUUUUUCUUACCGGUGAUUCAACUUUUUUCUACCAUCUUCCUCCUAUUUCCCGAGCAUAUAGACGCUUGAUGAGAAUAUUGUCUGACAAAUCUGUAUUAGCAAUUCAAGGAAUUUAUCGAUUUGAGAUUUGUUAGCCUAAGACUCCACAUUUGGAGAUGUCUGUGACAGGUAGACAAUUGUACUUCUAUAAACUGUGUAUAGAAUGAAUGACUAGCUCCUACAAAUGUGCUUCAGGAUAUUUGUUAUUACUCUCCACUGUGUCGCGAUGAGUAAUGGAACCUUCUGUCUCCUGUAAACGUGUUUUGAUAACUUUGUCACUAGCUGUCACGGUUACCUGCAAAUUCUCUUUCCGGUUGCAUCGGUUCCUUUGUUUUGCUGUCAGUCCAAGUCACACAGUACCUCAACGGACUGAAUGAACCGUUUGUAAUCUCUUGUCCUGAUUUAUUUUUGAAUGCAUUUUUUCCCCAUCCCCUAAACUGUACAUUUUGCACAGCACAAAAUGAAUGUGAUGAAUUUAUAAUAAAACAAAGCUACACCGACAUGA